UUCUUCUAACCAAAUUUAUCACACACGAUCUUCGAUUCUUAAACACCAACAUAUACCACUUGUUAAUCCAUCAUUUCUAUCCGUUUGGUCUCACUAUGAUGAUGAAAGAUCGAAUGGAGCGUCUUGUAGCUUUUCCCUUUGCUACCGCUUGUGUCUCUGCAUCUAGUGUCGCGGUUUGUGUGCAACAUGGUAGAAGAUCAAAGGAAGAUAUUGAUUUUUCUCAUAUGGUGUGUAGAUCAUUUGACACAACCAAGGAUCCAAAAGUCGAAGAAGGGGAAUCGGGCGAAAAUAUUAUGAAGAGCUCAUUUAAGUUCACGUCACUUUCAAAACCAAGUGUCUCUAUUAGGCUUCAAAGACUCACCAAGACCAUCAAGAAUUUAUCUCAAUCACUUGGGGUUAAGGAAGAGAUGGGUGAAGUAGAAAUGGAGAUGGAAAUAGGGGUUCCAACUGACGUAAAGCAUGUUGCCCAUGUUGGAUUUGAUGGAUCUGUAACCUCGGAAGCAGCCAACCAUCAAGGGACGAACCUCACAGCCUCAUCAGAUUUUCUUGGUUUUUGCCCUAUUUCCUUUGCACGGCUUGAGGAGCGGCUUGCCUUGUGUGUACCACUGGAUACCGUACCUCAACGCAUUAUGGAACACAUGCUAUCCGAGGCUACAAACAAAACCAAAGCUAGUCUUAUGGGAUGAAAAUGUAUUCCAUCAUAUAUAUUAUUGUUCAAGCAAGCAAUAAUCAUGUUUUGUUAAUUUUGUGUGAUGAUAUGAUGUGAUAUCCUACAUUUUUAUUUAUUUCAAUGUGAGAAAUCUAUGAAUUGAACUAUCAGUUUAAUAUUA